AUAGGUGGCUAAUUUUCCUCCAGUUUCAUCCGCUCUUUUCAUCCUCUUUUUAAUGCUCCCCUCCCUACCUUUCCUUUCUUCCCUAUCAGACUACACUGUAAGUGCACCAAUUGGACGGAAUAAUGACAGCUAUGACCCUGAUGCAAAGUUCUUCACUUGUGAAUCACCUCUUCUCUGAAUCUUCCCCUUGCAGUCCAAUCUUGAAAUAUAACCCUCCCCGCUUUUCCACUUCCAUCGAUUCGCUUUCUACUGAUAGAAUCAAACUCAAAUUGGGUUCGCAUGGCAACUUUAGGGUUUCGACCAAGUCUGCACUCUCUUCUUCUUCUUCAUCACGAGGGGACUACAAAAGGAACACAGACCAGAUGGUUCCUCCCUACAACGUUCUGAUCACCGGCGGUUCCAAAGGAAUUGGAUAUGCACUUGCCAAGGAAUUUUUGAAGGCGGGUGAUAAUGUUCUUAUAUGCUCUAGAUCAGGCAAGAAUUAUAUGAAAUGAUGCAUUAAUGCUUCAAAGUCUGGAGUGUUCUACACUUACAUUUACUUGAUCUUGUACCAGAAUGAUUUUUCGUGAGUUGAAAGAGUGGACACUGCACUUGAAAAAUUAAGGGAAGAAACAGGGAAGCAACAUGUGUGGGU